GCGGGAUGUCCAUCUGCAACUUCCGUGUCAUGGCAAAUGCCUUUGCACUCACCAUCCUUGUCCGAUUGUGGACUUCCCGUGCCACGUCGGGGCCGAAUGAUUUAAGGAUUUAAAGAUGCGCUUCUUUGAAUCCCAACCGCCGAGAGCUGGACUUGAAUAUUCAUCCAUGGAUGAGGUGAAGUGCGAUGUCAAACACGACUUUGCCAUGUCUGAUUGCCAACUGCAACUCCGCCAUGCUGGAGAUUCUGAUGAGCUCGAGAAUGGAAAGGCCGGUGGGUUGGACACAGACAGGCGCUGCUUCCAGGUCACCAUCUCUCCCAAGGGUGAUGACGAAGAUGAGCCAACUGAGGUGCCAGUCCGGCUUGGCUUCGUUUUUGCACACACGACCAAUUAUCCUGAUGAGCCGCCAUUGUUGAACAUUCGAAGCUUGCAGGGUAUCAAGCAGUCUGAUGCAGAGGAAUUAAAGAUGAAGCUGCAGGAGGAGGCCCAGGAAAAUCUUGGCAUGGCAAUGAUAUUUACUCUAGUUAGUUCCGCUAAGGAAUGGCUGAGGGAAAAAUUUAAUCCAGAGAAUGCAAGCUUGGUUCAGGACGAAGGCGGCCAUGCAGAAGAUGAGGAGGUUGUUAUAGUAGCUCAUGGAUUGCCCGUAACACCAGAAACAUUUUUGGAGUGGAGAGAGCGGUUCGAGGCGGAACAAGCAUUGGCCCGAGCGAAGUUGAUGCCAGAUUCUUCGCUGCUUGAGUCGAAAGUAAACAAAGUAACAGGAAGACAGUACUUUGAGAGCGGCAGGGCAGCAGCCAUUCGCGCCGGAAGGAUCGACCUGGUGGAGGCCGAGGAUGAUGAAGACGUUGAAUUUGACGACUUUGAUGAAGACAUUGACGAAGAUGACAUGCUCGAUCACUAUCUGGCUGAGAAAACCAGUGGACAAUCAUCAUCUGUCGCAGGUUAAGAAGGAUUUUUUCUCUAACACAGUCAUGACCAUGGGCAUUUCUCUCCAUGCUAUAGGAACUUUGCUUUCGCGAAAAAUGCUAGGACAUAGCCCACCGUCUUUCUUCGUCCUAACUGAUUUCUUUACCAUUGCAGCGCUCUCAGCAGAGAGGCUGAGUAGAGUCGUACAUAACACUUUGAGAGACUUAAUGUUGAAGAUUCUGCGUAUGGUUUUUAAAUUGUAAGAGAAAAUUUUAGUAGAAAGAUUUUGCAGCUUUUGAGC